AUGAAAUCCGAGCAGUUGACGUUGGCAGCACUGGCACUGGCCACUCUAUGCAACGUCGCCUCUCCUCGACCGGCAGAUCCUUAUCACAACUUGCCUGGUCCAGCAGACGAUGGCCGAUGCAGAUGCUUAGCCGACGGAAUGCACGGAGCCGAUGGAGCAAACGGUGUCGAUGGAAAGGAUGGUGCCAAUGGAGCGAACGGUGACGAUGGAGCAAACGGUGCCGAUGGAAAGAACGGUGUUGAUGGGGUGGACGGAGAUGACGGAGUAGACGGAGCCGAUGGAAAGAACGGUGCCGAUGGAGCCGACGGUGACGACGGAAUGGACGGAGCCGAUGGGAAGAACGGUGUCAAUGGGGCAGACGGAGAUGACGGAGUUAACGGAGCCGAUGGAGCGAACGGUGUCGAUGGAAAGGAUGGUGCCAAUGGAGCGAACGGUGACGACGGAGCAAACGGUGCCGAUGGAAAGAACGGUAUUGAUGGGGUGGACGGAGAUGACGGACUAGACGGAGUCGAUGGAAAAAACGGUGCCGAUGGAGCAGACGGUGGAGACGGAUUGGACGGAGCCGAUGGAAAGGACGGUGUCAAUGGGGCAGACGGAGACGACGGAGCGAACGGUGUCGAUGGAGCGAAUGGAGCCGAUGGGAAGAACGGUGUCAAUGGGGUGGACGGAGACGACGGAGUUAACGGAGUAGAUGGAGCGAACGGGAUCGAUGGAAAGAACGGUGCCAAUGGAGCGGACGGAGACGAUGGAGUGGAUGGAGCCGAUGGGAAGAACGGUAUCAAUGGGGCAGACGGAGACGACGGAGUUAACGGAGCCGAUGGAGCGAACGGUGUCGAUGGAAAGAACGGUAUAAAUGGAGUGAACGGUGAUGACGGAGCAAUUGGUGCCGAUGGAAAGGACGGUGUCGAUGGGGUGGACGGAGAUGAAGGAGUAGACGGAGCCGAUGGAAAGAACGGUGCCGAUGGAGCAGACGGUGGCGACGGAGUGGACGGAGCCGAUGGAAAGAACGGUAUCAGUGGGGCAGACGGAGACGACGGAGCGAACGGUGUCGAUGGAGCAAAUGGAGCUGAUGGAAAGAACGGUGUCGAUGGGGUGAACGGAGACGACGGAGUUAAGGGAGCCGAUGGAGCGAAUGGUGUCAAUGGAAAGGACGGUGCCAAUGGAGCGGACGGUGACGACGGAGCAAACGGUGCCGAUGGAAAGAACGGUGUCGAUGGGGUGGACGGAGAUGACGGAGUGGACGGAGCCGAUGGAAAGAAAGGUGCCGAUGGAGCAGACGGUGACGACGGAGUGGACGGAGCCGAUGGAAAGAACGGUAUCAAUGGGGCAGACGGAGGCGACGGACUUAACGGAGCCGAUGGAGCGAACGGUGUCGAUGGAAAGAACGGUAUUAAUGGAGCGAACGGUGAUGACGGAGCAACUGGUGCCGAUGGAAAGAACGGUGUCGAUGGGGUGGACGGGGAUGACGGAGUAGACGGAGCUGAUGGAAAGAACGGUGUCGAUGGAGCAGACGGUGACGACGGAGUGGACGGAGCCAAUGGAAAUAACGGUAUCAAUGGGGCAGACGGAGACGAUGGAGCGAACGGUGUCGAUGGAGCAAAUGGAGCCGAUGGGAAGAACGGUAUCGAUGGAGUGAAAGGAGACGACGGAGAAAAGGGUGCCGAUGGAGCAAAUGGUGUCGAUGGAAAAGACGGUGCCAAUGGAGUGGACGGUGACGACGGAGCAAACGGUGCCGAUGGAAAUAACGGUGUCGAUGGGGUGGACGGAGAUGACGGAGUGAACGGAGCCGAUGGAAAAAAAGGUGCCGAUGGAGUAGACGGUGAUGACGGAGUGGACGGAGCCGAUGGAAAGAACGGUAUCAAUGGGGCAGACGGAGACGACGGAGUUAACGGAGCCGAUGGAGCGAACGGUGUCGAUGGAAAGAACGGUAUCAAUGGAGCGAACGGUGAUGACGGAGUAAUUGGUGCCGACGGAAAGAACGGUGUCGAUGGGGUGGACGGAGAUGGCGGAGUAGACGGAGCCGAUGGAAAGAACGGUGCCGAUGGAACAGACGGAGAGGACGGAAUGGAUGGAGCCGAUGGAAAGAAUGGUGCCGAUGGAGCAGACGGUGGAGACGGAGCGAAGGGUGCCGACGGAGCAAAUGGUGCCGAUGGAAAGAACGGUGUCGAUGGGGUGAACGGAGAUGGCGGAGUAGACGGAGCCGAUGGAAAGAAAGGUGCCGAUGGAGCAGACGGUGACGACGGAAUUGACGGAGCCGAUGGAAAGAACGGUGUCAAUGGGGCUGACGGAGACGACGGAGCGAACGGUGCAGAUGGAGCAAAGGGGGCCGAUGGAAAGGACGGUGUCGAUGGGGUGAAUGGAGACGAUGGAAAAAACGGUAUCAAUGGAGCGAACGGUGAUGACGGAGCAAUUGGUGCCGAUGGAGCAAACGGUGUCGAUGGAAAGAAUGGUAUCAAUGGUGCGAACGGUGAUGACGGAGCAAUUGGUGCCGAUGGAGCAAACGGUGUCGAUGGAAAGAACGGUAUCAAUGGAGCGAACGGUGAUGACGGAGCAAUUGGUGCCGAUGGAAAGAACGGUGUCGAUGGGGUGGACGGAGAUGGCGGAGGAGACGGAGCCGAUGGAAAAAACGGUGCCGAUGGAACAGACGGAGACAACGGAAUGGACGGAGCCGAUGGAAAGAAUGGUGCCGAUGGAGCAGACGGUGCAGGCGGUGCGAAUGGUGCCGACGGAGCAAAUGGGGUGGAUGGAAAGAACGGUGUGGAUGGGGUGAACGGAGAUGACGGAGUUAACGGAGUCGAUGGAGCGAACGGGAUCGAUGGAAAAAACGGUGCCAAUGGAGCAAUCGGUGAUGACGGAACAAUUGGUACCGAUGGAAAGAACGGUGUCGAUGGGGUGGACGGAGAUGGCGGAGUAGACGGAGCCAAUGGAAAGAACGGUGUUGAUGGAAAGAGCGGUGCUAAUGGAGCGGACGGUGACGACGGAGCAAAUGGUGCCGAUGGAGCACACGGUGACGACGGAAUCAUCGGUGUCGAUGGAGCCAACGGUGCCAAUGGAGCAGACGGUGUCGAUGGAAGAAACGGUGCCGAUGGGCUGGACGGAGGAGAUGGAGUGAACGGAGCCGACGGAGCAGACGGAGACAAAGGAGUGGACGGAGCCGAUGAAGCAAACGGUGCCGAUGGAAAGAACGGUGCCGAUGGAGCCAACGGUGCCGAUGGAGCGCACGGAACCGAUGGAGUAGACGGAGACGAUGGAGCGAACGGUGCUGAUGGAGCGCAUGGUGCCGAUGGUGUAAACGGAGACGACGGAAAGUUGACGUUGGCAGCACUGGCACUGGCCACUUUAUGCAACGUCGCCUCUCCUCGACCGGCCGAUCCUUAUCACAACUUGCCUGGUCCAGCAGACGAUGGCCGAUGCAGAUGCUUAGCCGACGGAAUGCACGGAGCCGAUGGAGCGAACGGUGACGAUGGAGCAAACGGUGCCGAUGGAAAGAACGGUGUUGAUGGGGUGGACGGAGAUGACGGAGUAGACGGAGCCGAUGGCAAGAACGGUGCCGAUGGAGCCGACGGUGACGACGGAAUGGACGGAGCCGAUGGGAAGAACGGUGUCAAUGGGGCAGACGGAGACGACGGAGUUAACGGAGCCGAUGGAGCGAACGGUGUCGAUGGAAAGGAUGGUGCCAAUGGAGCGAACGGUGACGACGGAGCAAACGGUGCCGAUGGAAAGAACGGUGUUGAUGGGGUGGACGGAGAUGACGGACUAGACGGAGUCGAUGGAAAAAACGGUGCCGAUGGAGCAGACGGUGGAGACGGAUUGGACGGAGCCGAUGGAAAGGACGGUAUCAAUGGGGCAGACGGAGACGACGGAGCGAACGGUGUCGAUGGAGCGAAUGGAGCCGAUGGUAAGAACGGUGUCAAUGGGGUAAACGGAGACGACGGAGUUAACGGAGUAGAUGGAGCGAACGGGAUCGAUGGAAAGAAUGGUGCCAAUGGAGCGAACGGAGACGAUGGAGUGGAUGGAGCCGAUGGAAAGAACGGUAUCAAUGAAGCAGACGGAGACGACGGAGUUAACGGAGCCGAUGGAGCGAACGGUGUCGAUGGAAAGAACGGUAUCAAUGGAGUGAACGGUGAUGACGGAGCAAUUGGUGCCGAUGGAAAGAACGGUGUCGAUGGGGUGGACGGAGAUGAUGGAGUAGACGGAGCCGAUGGAAAGAACGGUGCCGAUGGAGCAGACGACGGAGACGACGGAGCGAACGGUGUCGAUGGAGCAAAUGGAGCUGAUGGAAAGAACGGUGUCGAUGGGGUGAAAGGAGACGACGGAGUUGAGGGAGCCGAUGGAGCGAAUGGUGUCAAUGGAAAAGACGGUGCCAAUGGAGCGGACGGUGACGACGGAGCAAACGGUGCCGAUGGAAAGAACGGUGUCGAUGGGGUGGACGGAGAUGACGGAGUGGACGGAGCCGAUGGAAAGAAAGGUGCCGAUGGAGCAGACGGUGACGACGGAGUGGACGGAGCCGAUGGAAAGAACGGUAUCAAUGGGGCAGACGGAGGCGACGGACUUAACGGAGCCGAUGGAGUGAACGGUGUCGAUGGAAAGAACGGUAUCAAUGGAGCGAACGGUGAUGACGGAGCAACUGGUGCCGACGGAAAGAACGGUGUCGAUGGGGUGGACGGAGAUGACGGAGUAGACGGAGCUGAUGGAAAGAACGGUGUCGAUGGCGCAGACGGUGACGACGGAGUGGACGGAGCCAAUGGAAAGAACGGUAUCAAUGGGGCAGACGGAGACGGCGGAGCGAACGGUGUCGAUGGAGCGAAUGGAGUCGAUGGGAAGAACGGUAUCGAUGGAGUGAAAGGAGACGACGGAGAUAAGGGAGCCGAUGGAGCAAAUGGUGUCGAUGGAAAGGACGGUGCCAAUGGAGUGGACGGUGACGACGGAGCAAACGGUGCCGAUGGAAAGAACGGUGUUGAUGGGGUGGACGGAGAUGACGGAGUGGACGGAGCCGAUGGAAAAAAAGGUGCCGAUGGAGUAGACGGUGACGACGGAGUCGACGGAGCCGAUGGAAAGAACGGUAUCAAUGGGGCAGACGGAGACGACGGAGUUAACGGAGCCGAUGGAGCGAACGGUGUCGAUGGAAAGAACGGUAUCAAUGGAGCGAACGGUGAUGACGGAGUAAUUGGUGCCGACGGAAAGAACGGUGUCGAUGGGGUGGACGGAGAUGGCGGAGUAGACGGAGCCGAUGGAAAGAACGGUGCCGAUGGAACAGACGGAGUUGACGGAAUGGAUGGAGCCGAUGGAAAGAAUGGUGCCGAUGGAGCAGACGGUGGAGACGGAGCGAAGGGUGCCGACGGAGCAAAUGGUGACGAUGGAAAAAACGGUGUCGAUGGGGUGGACGGAGAUGGCGGAGUAGACGGAGCCGAUGGAAAGAAAGGUGCCGAUGGAGCAGACGGUGACGACGGAAUGGACGGAGCCGAUGGAAAAAACGGUGUCAAUGGGGCUGACGGAGACGACGAAGCGAACGGUGCAGAUGGAGCAAAGGGGGCCGAUGGAAAGGACGGUGUCGAUGGGGUGAAUGGAGACGAUGGAAAAAACGGUAUCAAUGGAGCGAACGGUGAUGACGGAGCAAUUGGUGCCGAUGGAGCAAACGGUGUCGAUGGAAAGAAUGGUAUCAAUGGUGCGAACGGUGAUGACGGAGCAAUUGGUGCCGAUGGAGCAAACGGUGUCGAUGGAAAGAACGGUAUCAAUGGAGCGAACGGUGAUGACGGAGCAAUUGGUGCCGAUGGAAAGAACGGUGACGAUGGGGUGGACGGAGAUAGCGGAGGAGACGGAGCCGAUGGAAAAAACGGUGUCGAUGGAAGAGACGGAGACAACGGAAUGGACGGAGCCGAUGGAAAGAAUGGUGCCGAUGGAGCAAACGGUGCAGGCGGUGCGAAUGGUGCCGACGGAGCAAAUGGGGUGGAUGGAAAGAACGGUGUGGAUGGGGUGAACGGAGAUGACGGAGUUAACGGAGUCGAUGGAGCGAACGGGAUCGAUGGGAAAAACGGUGCCAAUGGAGCAAUCGGUGAUGACGGAGCAAUUGGUGCUGAUGGAAAGAACGGUGUCGAUGGGGUGGACGGAGAUGGCGGAGUAGACGGAGCCAAUGGAAAGAACGGUGUUGAUGGAAAGAGCGGUGCUAAUGGAGCGGACGGUGACGACGGAGCAAAUGGUGCCGAUGGAAAGAACGGUGCCGAUGGAGCAGACGGUGACGACGGAAUCAUCGGUGUCGAUGGAGCCAACGGUGCCAAUGGAGACAACGGUGUCGAUGGAAGGAACGGUGCCGAUGGGCUGAACGGAGGAGAUGGAGUGAACGGAGCCGACGGAGCAGACGGAGACAAAGGAGCGGACGGAGCCGAUGGAGCAAACGGUGCCGAUGGAAAGAACGGUGCCGAUGGAGCCAACGGUGCCGAUGGAGCGCACGGAGCCGAUGGAUUAGACGGAGACGAUGGAGCGAACGGUGCUGAUGGAGCGCAUGGUGCCGAUGGUGCAAACGGAGACGACGGAAAGUUGACGUUGGCAGCACUGGCACUGGCCACUUUAUGCAACGUCGCCUCUCCUCGACCGGCCGAUCCUUAUCACAACUUGCCUGGUCCAGCAGACGAUGGCCGAUGCAGAUGCUUAGCCGACGGAAUGCACGGAGCCGAUGGAGCGAACGGUGACGAUGGAGCAAACGGUGCCGAUGGAAAGAACGGUGUUGAUGGGGUGGACGGAGAUGACGGAGUAGACGGAGCCGAUGGCAAGAACGGUGCCGAUGGAGCCGACGGUGACGACGGAAUGGACGGAGCCGAUGGGAAGAACGGUGUCAAUGGGGCAGACGGAGACGACGGAGUUAACGGAGCCGAUGGAGCGAACGGUGUCGAUGGAAAGGAUGGUGCCAAUGGAGCGAACGGUGACGACGGAGCAAACGGUGCCGAUGGAAAGAACGGUGUUGAUGGGGUGGACGGAGAUGACGGACUAGACGGAGUCGAUGGAAAAAACGGUGCCGAUGGAGCAGACGGUGGAGACGGAUUGGACGGAGCCGAUGGAAAGGACGGUAUCAAUGGGGCAGACGGAGACGACGGAGCGAACGGUAUCGAUGGAGCAAAUGGAGCCGAUGGGAAGAACGGUGUCAAUGGGGUAAACGGAGACGACGGAGUUAACGGAGUAGAUGGAGCGAACGGGAUCGAUGGAAAGAAUGGUGCCAAUGGAGCGAACGGAGACGAUGGAGUGGAUGGAGCCGAUGGAAAGAACGGUAUCAAUGAAGCAGACGGAGACGACGGAGUUAACGGAGCCGAUGGAGCGAACGGUGUCGAUGGAAAGAACGGUAUCAAUGGAGUGAACGGUGAUGACGGAGCAAUUGGUGCCGAUGGAAAGAACGGUGUCGAUGGGGUGGACGGAGAUGAUGGAGUAGACGGAGCCGAUGGAAAGAACGGUGCCGAUGGAGCAGACGACGGAGACGACGGAGCGAACGGUGUCGAUGGAGCAAAUGGAGCUGAUGGAAAGAACGGUGUCGAUGGGGUGAAAGGAGACGACGGAGUUGAGGGAGCCGAUGGAGCGAAUGGUGUCAAUGGAAAAGACGGUGCCAAUGGAGCGGACGGUGACGACGGAGCAAACGGUGCCGAUGGAAAGAACGGUGUCGAUGGGGUGGACGGAGAUGACGGAGUGGACGGAGCCGAUGGAAAGAAAGGUGCCGAUGGAGCAGACGGUGACGACGGAGUGGACGGAGCCGAUGGAAAGAACGGUAUCAAUGGGGCAGACGGAGGCGACGGACUUAACGGAGCCGAUGGAGUGAACGGUGUCGAUGGAAAGAACGGUAUCAAUGGAGCGAACGGUGAUGACGGAGCAACUGGUGCCGACGGAAAGAACGGUGUCGAUGGGGUGGACGGAGAUGACGGAGUAGACGGAGCUGAUGGAAAGAACGGUGUCGAUGGCGCAGACGGUGACGACGGAGUGGACGGAGCCAAUGGAAAGAACGGUAUCAAUGGGGCAGACGGAGACGGCGGAGCGAACGGUGUCGAUGGAGCGAAUGGAGUCGAUGGGAAGAACGGUAUCGAUGGAGUGAAAGGAGACGACGGAGAUAAGGGAGCCGAUGGAGCAAAUGGUGUCGAUGGAAAGGACGGUGCCAAUGGAGUGGACGGUGACGACGGAGCAAACGGUGCCGAUGGAAAGAACGGUGUUGAUGGGGUGGACGGAGAUGACGGAGUGGACGGAGCCGAUGGAAAAAAAGGUGCCGAUGGAGUAGACGGUGACGACGGAGUCGACGGAGCCGAUGGAAAGAACGGUAUCAAUGGGGCAGACGGAGACGACGGAGUUAACGGAGCCGAUGGAGCGAACGGUGUCGAUGGAAAGAACGGUAUCAAUGGAGCGAACGGUGAUGACGGAGUAAUUGGUGCCGACGGAAAGAACGGUGUCGAUGGGGUGGACGGAGAUGGCGGAGUAGACGGAGCCGAUGGAAAGAACGGUGCCGAUGGAACAGACGGAGUUGACGGAAUGGAUGGAGCCGAUGGAAAGAAUGGUGCCGAUGGAGCAGACGGUGGAGACGGAGCGAAGGGUGCCGACGGAGCAAAUGGUGACGAUGGAAAAAACGGUGUCGAUGGGGUGGACGGAGAUGGCGGAGUAGACGGAGCCGAUGGAAAGAAAGGUGCCGAUGGAGCAGACGGUGACGACGGAAUGGACGGAGCCGAUGGAAAAAACGGUGUCAAUGGGGCUGACGGAGACGACGAAGCGAACGGUGCAGAUGGAGCAAAGGGGGCCGAUGGAAAGGACGGUGUCGAUGGGGUGAAUGGAGACGAUGGAAAAAACGGUAUCAAUGGAGCGAACGGUGAUGACGGAGCAAUUGGUGCCGAUGGAGCAAACGGUGUCGAUGGAAAGAAUGGUAUCAAUGGUGCGAACGGUGAUGACGGAGCAAUUGGUGCCGAUGGAGCAAACGGUGUCGAUGGAAAGAACGGUAUCAAUGGAGCGAACGGUGAUGACGGAGCAAUUGGUGCCGAUGGAAAGAACGGUGACGAUGGGGUGGACGGAGAUAGCGGAGGAGACGGAGCCGAUGGAAAAAACGGUGUCGAUGGAAGAGACGGAGACAACGGAAUGGACGGAGCCGAUGGAAAGAAUGGUGCCGAUGGAGCAAACGGUGCAGGCGGUGCGAAUGGUGCCGACGGAGCAAAUGGGGUGGAUGGAAAGAACGGUGUGGAUGGGGUGAACGGAGAUGACGGAGUUAACGGAGUCGAUGGAGCGAACGGGAUCGAUGGGAAAAACGGUGCCAAUGGAGCAAUCGGUGAUGACGGAGCAAUUGGUGCUGAUGGAAAGAACGGUGUCGAUGGGGUGGACGGAGAUGGCGGAGUAGACGGAGCCAAUGGAAAGAACGGUGUUGAUGGAAAGAGCGGUGCUAAUGGAGCGGACGGUGACGACGGAGCAAAUGGUGCCGAUGGAAAGAACGGUGCCGAUGGAGCAGACGGUGACGACGGAAUCAUCGGUGUCGAUGGAGCCAACGGUGCCAAUGGAGACAACGGUGUCGAUGGAAGGAACGGUGCCGAUGGGCUGAACGGAGGAGAUGGAGUGAACGGAGCCGACGGAGCAGACGGAGACAAAGGAGCGGACGGAGCCGAUGGAGCAAACGGUGCCGAUGGAAAGAACGGUGCCGAUGGAGCCAACGGUGCCGAUGGAGCGCACGGAGCCGAUGGAUUAGACGGAGACGAUGGAGCGAACGGUGCUGAUGGAGCGCAUGGUGCCGAUGGUGCAAACGGAGACGACGGAAAGGUCGGUGCCGAUGGAGCGAACGGUGCCGAUGGAGCGCAUGGUCCCGCAAGCGUACAACCAACUAUAGAGCACUUGCCGAGGACGGAAGUGUAUACAGGAUGGCCGAAAUGUUACCACGCCGCCCCUGUAGAACCAUAA